AUGGACAAUGCAACUCCGCCCAACAACCAACAAAAUAAUAAAAAUUCUAUUAAGAAACGAAAACCCAAGCAAAAUCCAACUCAGACAACAACAACAGUAAAUAGUGAACAAUUUAGAAUGGAACCACCUUCUUUUCACACAGGUCUCUCAGCAUUUAAUAUAUCAACACCUCAACAAACUGCUGCUGCUGCUGCUUUAUCUCUGACUAAAGAGCAGCCCAUGAUAUCAAGUAUACAUGUACAACAACCAUUUGCACCAAACAAUAAUUGGCAAUCAGAAAUUAGGAUGAUCAGCCAUAAUUUGCAGCCACUAAUGCCAUCUACUCAAUUACCAUUACAAACUACAAUUGUCAAAAGAUCCAGUGCGAGAGAAAAAAUCCCAGCAACUAAAUCAAAACAAUUAGUAUCGACCUCACCAAAUAAUAUAUCAACAUCAGAAACGAUGAUGGAAUCAGUCGUUAUGAAUUCGACCAUAACUACAGAUAACAAUUUAUUAUCGUCAACACCGCCACCACAACCUUUGACAGCCCGUGAAAAUGAAAUUUAUAAAAAAAUAUGUGAGAUUAUUUUAAUGAUUCAGAAAAGCAAAGAAUUUGUAUCGCGUGAACGAGUGCAAUGGGAAUUAUUUCAUUAUUAUAAAGUUAACUCUUGGUAUGAUUUAAGAGUUCAAGCAUCAAGGUUUGAUGCAUUUAUGAAACUUACUGAUCGACAAAAGAGUGUGACGUUUUACAUGCAUGUUUUUGAACAGAUAUUUAAUUUAUGUACACUAAAUGAUCUAGAAUCACUUCUUGCUAGAUUCUUGGAAGUGGAAAAAUACGACGAUCUUCGAUUAGGUCCACUCGAGAAAAAUCCAGAAGUGCAACGAAUAUUUAAUUAUCAACCAACUAAUCCUGAUCAAUCCAUUCCUGAAAUAACCACUGGGCAAGUUAUUAAAAGUUUCAUCGACUUUCAAAAAGCACAUCGACAUCAGCGAUUAAUUCCAUUUGAUGCAUUUAUCGAUCAUCUCGUAGAAGAACAUAACCUUCAAUCACGUGAAGAAUUAGGCCUUUUUUGCAAGUCAUUUCCAUAUCUAGUGCAGGUGACCAAUACUCUACGACGAGAUCAAGAGUCGCACAUGCAGCAAGCAAAAGAACAAUCAAAAAACGAUCUUAUUGAGGAUGUUCGUACACAUUUGACUGAAUUCAAAGAAAAAAUGCAUGAUGAAUUAGAACUUUCAUCAUUUAAUAAGAAAAAAACACCGACUGCUGUAUUCAAUUAUCUCAUAUCAAUUGUGGAUAAGUAUUUGAAUUUCAUACCUCAACAAUCAAUACUCUUUGCAAUGCUAACACAACUUCGUGAUGAUGAAUUGUUAAGAUGUUUAUUUAACCCAACAACAAACACAAAAUUCGUUACUCCACUCAGUACAUCUUUCUCAAGUUCGUUGUUAACAUCUCAUCGACAUAAACCUAAAACACCAGUAUGUCUCAAACAGCUUUGCUCUGAUAUUUAUGCUUAUUUGGUUCAUUAUGAUACGCUACUCACAAUCAAACAACUUCUCAAAAUUGAUGAAGAUCUUUGUACACAAUAUGGUGUUACUAACUUUUCUGCAUUUACCUAUGAUGAGAACGAUAAUGAUGAUAGUUCUGCAAAUUUUAUUUCAUUUCUAAAUAAAUACCAUGAAAUAAUUGAUCCACAUGAAGAAUUAUCUGUUUAUGAACAAACAACAUCAACAGACGAUCGCACAGAAUUGUAUUCAUUUGUUCAACAAUUAAGUAUUAUCAAUAAUGAUGAAGUAAGAGGAGAAUAUCAAUCACAAUCUGUAGCAUUCAUUCAUGGGCAUGUAAACACUGAACAAGUUCAUAUAAGUACAGAAACAUUAUCUGCAGUAGAAAAAGCAGUUAAACAUAAAUUUGGCGAAUCAAUUAAUUUUCGUAAAGGAAAUCAAAUAAUAAAGAAAGCUAGAAAACGAUUUCGCAAAAAUAAACACACAAUUAUUCGCUUUGAAGAAUCGUUAUUAGAUAUAAAUGGUUUAAAUCAAUUAGAUAUGUGUCCAAUAUCAUUGAAUGUUAAUGAAACUCAAUUAUGUCAAUUAAUACUUUAUUCUCCAUUGAUGACUAAUCUAUACACAUGGCUUCAAUGGUUAAAUUUUUUUCAACCAAAAUAUGGUACUUUCAAAUCAUUUAUUACUAAGCAUGAACGUAAGUUCAAAGAUCUUCGCUUACUAGAAGCAUCAACUGGAGAAGUAUACCGUUUACCUAUUGAUGCCAGUCUUGCUACAUUUGAACAUGAACUCAACGCAACGCAUAUUCGUUCAGCUGUUGGACAUCUAUGUGCAUUAAUUAUUGAAGAAGGUUUAAUCACACGAUUUCCAAUUAAUGUUUAUCGAACAUCUAUGGAUACUUGGUUCCGUCAUCUUAGAUCUUUGGCUACAUUACAGAAUGAUCAUAUCGAUCCAAUUCAACAUAUACUUGAUUUUUUAAUGUAUUUACCAAUACUUAUUGGUCAAUCCAGAAUUAUUGAAGAACUUAUUCUUGUACCACUUGAUAAGGUGUUCGAUGAUAUUUCCGACAAUCCAAUUAAUGUACGAACAAGACUAUGGGAUAUAGCAAAUGUACAACAAAGAAUAAAAUUAGAAUUAUGGGGUCAUACAUUAAAUAUUGUCGAAUGGAAAAAUGAAAAAAAGUGGUCAGGAGGUGAAGAAUUGGAAGAAAAAUCUAUUCUAAAAUCAGAAAAUGAAUUCAUCCAACAACAACAAAAUAUUACUGCUGGUAGGUUAUUUUGA